GCUGAGAAAUUUGCGCGGGAAAUCUCAACACUUUUGGCUUCAUGCAUCGCUACGUGGCUGAGGCUGCCACGCACAUCCUCCUGCAGGGGCGCUCGGGAUGCAGUCUGCAGUCUGUCUGCGAGCACCUUGACGAGCGAUUCGCACUCGCGACGACGGUGAUGACCACUCAAGCGGCGGCGACAGCGGCGACGGCGACAGCGACUGAGGGAGUCCAGACCAGGACCCCGCUCGACUCGCCGACGACCGUCCCGCCGCCGUCGAUGCAUCCUGCCGUCGAGAUUGAUGGCAGCAGCAACGCAAGCGGGGUCGGGGUGACCGCGGGACUGGAGACGCAAUCCGAGGCGCAAUCCGAGGCGCAAUCCGAGGCUCCAUCCUCUGAAGCAGAGGAGGGCAUGUUUGGCGGACUGGCCCAGCGCGAGAUGCGCGCCUUCCUGCUGAGCUCGCUGCUUGGCACAGGACGGUUUGAAGUGCACUCCAAGCAUGCGUCGACGGUCGAGCGGCGAAGUGCCCGAGUCUCGCAAGCCAACGCUGCAUCCGCACACGAAUCAUCGUCUACAACCACCGACACCGUUCCCGCAACCGACAAAGCACGAGACUCACCCAUGUCACGCAGAGAGCGAGGCAAGGCUUCUUCUGCGAAACCGAAAGCGGAAACAGCCACCAAGCUUGCCAAGCGAUUUCUGAAAGACGCGACACGACUCGAAUUCAACGACACAACCGCUCUCCUGUCCGAGCUUGCUGCUCUUGAUGCGGGCUAUCUAAGCUGCGAGUGGAGUCGCAAUCUGCUCCUUUGUGGACACGAACAGGCACGCAUGGCGCAGCUGCUCGGCUUUGACGACCCUUCCCGUCGCAUCAAUUUGAUUCAACUCGAACUGCUCGAGGAGAUUGGGCGUGGGCGCGAGAUUGGCAUUCUCCAAACGGAGCUGGGCGCUCAAGCCGGCAUUGCAGCCAAGGACAUUUCCUACCACGUCAAGCGUCUGCACGAGGCGGGCUUGGUUGUCAAGCGCGACAUGAGCGCGACCGCGCACGAAACGCGCACCGCGAGCCGCCUCUUCCUGCCGCGGUAUGCUCGCACGACCGACUUGCAGCGGUCUGACACAAGCAAAGCCGCACCCAUUGUCGUGGAGCAACAGCUGCUUCAACAGCUCCAUCAGCACCAACCCGUCCUUCUGAGCACCGAACGUGAACCUCCAGCCGAGUCCGCUUCCAUUCCAGUUCCAAUGCAGACAGACUCCUCGGAAGUCGAAAUUAUUCCGAAUCGCAGCAACCCGAACGAUCUUUCGGUGCUCCUCCAGCAGCAGCAGCAGCAGCAGCAAGAGCAGCCGCCACUCGGCGCCGGUGUGGCCUCCUCGCCCUGGCUUCGAGCCAACGGCAAACUCGCGCCGCACAUUGGUGCAGUGUACUGGCUUCUCAUGCAGCAGCCCAACCGAACGGCCCCGACGUGGUACAUUCGCCGCCUUUUGGACAUUGACCCGCGCUUCUCCAACAACAAGCGCUGGAAAAUGCUCCGCACUCGCUUGCGCGAAGCCGGGUACACUCAGGACGUGGACUUGGCCAAGCAUGAAGAGGCCACCAAGUACAUCGGCAUUCGUCUUGUCAAGGAACCGCCGCGCGAGUUGCUGUGGCCAACGGAAGGCGACAACCCCACGCUGGACGCGCUCCCUUCGGACGGACAGCACGAUCUAGCUGAGGUGCUUCUGGCGCGGCAUUUACGGAGCACCGGUGGCAUUGCAUUGUCGAGAGUUAGUGCUGGCGCUGGUGGCCAAUCCGCCUCCAACCCGGAUUUUGAACGUUUAGUCGACCAGCAUCUGGAACAAGCCCUCGCGCUUGGCGACGACGAUGGAGCUGUCAGUGGCGACGAUGCUGCCGGCAUGCCUCACGCUCGUCGCACCACUGGAGGCAAGAGACUCGGCGAAGACAGCGAAGAGGACGACAUUGCCAGUAGUGAUGAUGAGGGGGAGGGUGAUUCGGAGAAAAAGGCGAGAACGACGGGUGGCAAGUCCCAGCCAGCCGCCUCUGCCUCUGCCUCUGCCCCUGCCUCUGCCUCUGCCUCUGCCUCUGCCACUGGUCCUCCCCGGAAUGCCUCAAGCUCUGGUGCCCGCUCUCGCUCUAUCGGCCUUGUCGAAACCUCCAUUGAAUGGCAAGUGUACGAGAUGAUUGAAAGCCGCGGGCCAGAAGGCAUGUUUGCCAAGGAUAUUCGACGCGCCAUUCUUCUCGAUCACAAGAUGCUCGAAAAGCUGCUCCAGCACCUGUGUGCCAAGUCCUGCCUCCAGCGUGAAUACCUGCACGCUGGCAAGCUCUUCCAGUACCGCUACUUUGCAACCAACUCGACACGCCCUGCUGCAUUUUCAGCCGACGCUGCUGGCCCGCGAGCCGCAUCUGCAAGGUCUGCUGCUGCGCCAGUCCUGGAAAUGUCCAUCAACGCACGCUCGGCUGCCGCUGCAAACACCCCAAGCGCAAUCGGCGUCACGGGCCGGUACCAUCGUCGCAGCCAAACCAGCCAGGCAGUCGUCCGCGUGCAAUUGCUGCGUGAUUAUCUCGCCAAAUUCAAAGUUCUCGAGGCCAGACGUGCACUGUCCGCGCUUUUAAACGAGUACGCCUCCAUUUUCGGCGUGGACUGUGCCUUUGAGAGCGGAAAUAUUGAUUCCAAAACGAUCAGCCGCCUGCUGCAGCGCGUCGCGGCCCCAGACGAAGACGGCGCGGUUCGCUUCAAGGUCAUCGUAUGGACAAGGUCUCGGAAGGUCAACCAUACCGCGAGAUUGCCGCUGCUCGUGGACGCGAGUGCCGCCGACGACGACGAGCGCGUCGAGGCGUACCGCAAAUCCAUCGAUGCUGGCCAGAUGCCCUACUUUAUCGAUCGAGAAAUAGGCGAGAGGCUGCGUCGAACGCGGGCUUCGCAGAACCUGGACGAAGUGUUCCAAGGGCAAUCCGUCCUGAGCAGGUACAUUUCUGCCGGGCCCAGCGGGAACCCUGCAGCCCGUGAGCAUCGACCGCUCCUGUACUUGCCGAUGCUCCCAACCUUUGUCCAUGAAGAGACAACCAGUAAAUAUGCAGUCGUGGUGAACACGGAUCGCGUGGCGCGCGCCGCCCAGUUGUUGCCGUUGUUGGAAGCCGCGCGUCGUUUGCAUCUGCUUCUUUGGGAGGCAUGUCCCAAAGGCGUGCGCGUGCGAGCUGGGUUGCUGCCGUCCCAACAGCAUGGGGAUGCGGAUGCCAAGUCCAGAACGCUGCCCGUCCUGUCGGCGGUCGUCUUCUCCGAGGACGAACUUAGCUCUACUCACAACAACAACAGCAACAACGACAACAACAACAGUGAGCACCGGCCUCUUCCAUCCGCAGACACGUGGGUGUCGUCGCUCCAAACGGUGCUUACUCUCGGCCAGUUCAUUGAACUGGCAGCAGCUCCGCCAAUGUCCCUUGCUGCGGACAAACUCGUCGCCGAUCACAGGGACGUGGUCAUCAGCAAGCUGCCCCGCACCCUUCGACGGGAUUUGAUCACUGACUACCUUGGCUGGACACACAUUGCGCGACUGCUCUCCAUUCUGGAGCGUCUGGCGCUCGUCCGUACACGCACUCCCAGCGAGCUCGAUAUGGAGAAAUUCUGCCGAGACGCGCAGACUCGUGACGUUCACGGCACACCCGUGUUUGAUUACGAUGCCUAUGUUCUCGCCAAGAGCAACGUCUCGCUUCCUCCGACAGUCUCCUUGGAAACGAUGCAUUGUGAAGCGUGGCUUGAACCUCAACUUUUGCUGCGCAAUGUCGCGGGCAAGGCGCCGAGUGCGACCGACACAACCUUGACCAUUCCGCUCGAGUCUCGAACGCAGGUGUUGCAAUUCUGGGCUGAGCUCUUGUUCAUGUGCAUGCACUCGAUUCAACGCAUCCGGAAAGACCCGUCCAUCGCCAGCAACCAAACCGCCCUGGGCCACCUGAUUCCCAUGCCGGAUGUGCACGAGUGGCACUUGCCACCAUUUGACCUCCCCGAGAACAUUGCGCCACUGUCUCUGCGAGUGUGGGCGCGAGACCAGCCUGUGGAUUUGCUGGACGAGCGCAGCUGGGGCCCCUUCCCUCCCAUUCCGCUCAACCGCGCCUUCAAGAUGACGCUCAUGGGGUGCAAAACGCUGGACGACGCCCUUCGCCAGACAAAGCGGUUUUCUCUGCCAGAGUUCCUGGUGGCCUACACCUACGUGUUGGACACUCAUGUCAGUGCAAACGCGCGCAAGACGGAUUCUGCGUCGCGGCACGUUCGCGCAGCGCCCGCUCUCAGGCGACCCAAUCUCGUGCAGGUCGCUCAAGUUAUUGAGGAGGUUCGAGGCUGGACGGACGUGGAAUCGAUUUCUGAUGAACCGUUGUCUGCUGGUGUCCAGCACGCGCUGUCGGCCAUUCGAAGCGUUCUUUUCAACGAGCAACCGGGCACUGAAGUUGACUCUGAGAAUUCAUGCCUCAAGAACAUUCCGGGUGCCAUUAUGCGAGCGGCGCUUCGGUACGGACAAGAGGCAGGGUUCCUGACGCGGCCGAACAAGGGUGUUCGCGCGGCGCAGCAAGGUCCGGUCCUGGUUUUCAAGCCCCAUCGUUAUGGUUUGAGCAGAAAAUGCGACUUUUUGUGGACAAACAGCCUUCCAGUCACAGCUGCGCAGGAAAUUACCGACUUUGAUGAUCUGCUUGCGCACGACGAUGCAGUCCUCCAACCUGCGCAUUGCACUGGAGGAGCCGUGGCCCGCUUUAUGACUUUGGUUGGCAACGGCCAGGUGAAGGCUGAGGUGGACCUUGGCUCCAAGAAGGUGACAAAGUCGCGGCUCGAGGUUUCCUACAUCCGCGCAAGCUCGAAGGUCGAGGAAGCUUUGCAGGAUGCGUCCCAAGGCAAUAACAGCACUGCCCCUGCCGUAUCUACUCCAGCUUCGCCUCGCCGAAAGCGCUCGCGCUCGAAUGACAGUGCGGCAGCGGGCGACGAGAAUCCGCCGACCUCUGGCGAUGCAAAGCGUGUGGACACAUCCACAGACCAAUGGAUUGGUGUGCCAAACCGCCCGUGGUUUUACCCGCCGCACAAGGGACCCGCAGGCACGAGCUGCAGUACGACCAAUCCGUUGAUUCUAGGCGAGAUCAAGAACGUGGUUUUAGACGCCCUGGUGCAAUUAGAUGGCGUUCUGGAUCGUGUGCUUGCGCGACGUCUCUCGCAUAUUCUGGAAGAGGACGCGUUCAACGACAUCAUCAUGUCCCUCACAAAGGAAGGACUUGUAGAAGAGCGUCUCACCUUCGCAUCAACGUCUGCGUUGAAUGGAUUUGAGCAGCCGUGGGAUGUCAUUCACGAAAAGCAAGGACUGUCCGAGCAAGAAGCAUCGAGUCGACGGCGGCUGAGAUAUCUGUACGCGACUGCGACUUCGUUUACAGCGCCAGUUCGACUUUUCAGAGUGCGGGAGCACGGGCAGGCGAUUGGAAUUGAAUUUGUCAAUAGUCAGUAAUUGGUACUGUUGUUAGCUGCUGGGUUGGAGUUUUGCUUCGAGGUUGUGUAGCGUUCUCGUUUGUAAAAUAAUCAUAAACAUAAAACUAC